AAAACACCAACUAAAAACUCUAAAAAGUACGUGCGAUGGAAAAUUACAUAAAAUGAAUUUAGUUCUAAUUUCGUUAUCCGUUUUGAUAACGUUGUCACAAACAAAAGAUCAUGUAGAUAAGGAUCUGUACUUAAGAACAGGUCAAAAGGCAGCAGAAUUACUAAAAAACUAUGGAGAUCCUGAUUUAAUAAGGAAAUAUCUACAGAAAAGGACUGUUAGAAAUGAUUUUGAUAAUUUUAUCGCCAGAAAUAAAGCUGAAACGGUGAAGCGAGUACGGGAUUCAAUUGAGAGAUUGAACGAUGACAAUCUUAUAAACAACGUAGCCACGAAGUCAAAUUUAAGAAUUGGGUACCAGUUAGACCCAAUACUUAAUAAGGUGAGGAGAGGGGGGGAUUCCUUGUCCGAUUCGGGUAGCUCGAGCAGGGAAUUCAAAGACUGGAAAAAGGAAUGGCAGGAUAUGUGGAAAAAUAUUAAAGUGGAAACGAAGAAUUUUUCAACCCGUGUUGAGGGCGAUGUUGUUAAUAUGGUGGCGGCAAGACCGUGGGGCGUCCCUUGCGGCGACCCUAGCCAGCACGACAUGCCCUGGGGAUCCUGCGUGCUGCCCGCAGAAUGCAACGCCGAAUACAGAAUUUACAAAGGAGACUACUUCUGCGGACGCACUCAGUGGGUAUGCUGCUCCUUGAAUUUCCACACCUACGACUUGUACCAAGGACUUUCCGUGUCCCUCGAAGAAUCCAGCAUGGAGAUUGACAGUGCUGUGGAACGGGAAAGAGCCAAAAAAAAAACCUCAAAAGAACGUCGUAAACGAACCGAUCGCAGAAGGAAACGACGCAAGAGAUUGAGAGAAGAACGAAAGCGUAAGAUCAAGCGAGCCAUCGCAAGAAUCAUCAAGGAGGUUCGCAGAAUCCUUGACAGAGCUUACAAAAACGGCAGCAAGAUCCGAAAGAAGAAGACAAAUACUAUGAAGAAAUUUAUCAAAUUUCUCAAAAGACAGUAUAAGUUGGAUCGAGAGUCAGCCAAGGACAUACAUGAGAUGCAGAUGAUGGAAGUUGACCAAGCGUUCAUGGACAAAUUGAAUCAAAUCAAAGAGUUGAACUCUGAUUUCAUGACCAAUGAUACGUUUAGGAACAUAAUAGUUAAUAAGACGGUAACGCUUAGGGGCGCGAAGAUGUUGGUGGAGGCGUAUCCUGAGUUGCAGGGGUUCUUGCCGAAGGAGUUCACGAAGGGGGACUAUACUCGGCAGGGAAGCGCCCGUAGGAGCGAGGGUUCAUCAGGCUCAUCACACCGGAGAGGGCGCGCUCGGCCUAAAGGCGGCACGCGUUUGAGAGGGGGGGUUGUACGUCCAUCCAAUCGCCGCAAUCGUCGGAAAUAUCUUGACUAUGAUGUCGAAUUUGGGUUGUUGUAA